AUGUCGAACAACAUCAGCACUGAGUGCUUACCUGCCUGUGAGGUGACGUGCCCAGAGCCAUGUGCCUACAGCAGAAGCCUUGAGCCCUGUGUUGCAUCAUGUGGGGACUCCAGAGCCGUGGUGUACCCCCCGCCGGUCGUCCUCACCUUCCCAGGCCCAACUCUGAGCAGUUGCUCUCAGGAGAGCAUUGUGGGAACAUCAUUUCCCCAGCCAUAUGGUGUUUUGACCCCAUACAGCCCUGAUGACUCCUACGGGAUGGGGGGCUCCUUUGGCUCUGGAUAUGGAGCCUCCUUUGGGUAUGGAGCCUCCUCAGGGGUUGUGGGUUCCUUUGGAUCUGGGGGCAUGUCAGGAAUGGGGCGUUCCUUUGGAUCUGGGAGCUCCUUUGGGUAUGGAGGUAUGUCAGGGAUGAGGAGUUCCUUUGGGUCUGGGGGAACCCUUGGGUAUGGAGGUUCCUCAGGGUUAGGGGGCUGUUACAGCAGGAGGUUCUACAGCAGCAGCCGUGGCUCCCGCCUUGGAAACUGUGGAAACUAA